AGCGAGCCCCGGCGCUCGAGCGAGCGCUGCUCUCUCCGGCGGGAGUUUUGUGCGCCGCUGGGGCGCUGCGACCCUCUCGCCCACUGGCCCGUGUGUGCGCGCCUCUCUUGUUUCCCCCCCUUCUUGGCCCGCGCGCCUCCCGGAGUCCCGUACCGGGACGUUCGCCUCCGCCGCCGCCGCUCCCAAGCAGGAGCCCAGCGAUGCCAGCGGUGGCCGUCGCGCAUCGGCGGGGCUGACUGCUACGCUGUGUGGGCACCGGACGUCGACGCACGUGCUCUCUACGCCGUUCUCUGCUGGCGUCUGGCUGUGUGGGGCGCCUGGACGAGGCUCGCUCAACCGCGGUGCGUGGACGGCCUCCUAACUAGUGCGUGAGCGCCGACUGUGUCACAGACACGCCCCAGGAGAUUUCGCGGCGGGGCAACUUGUUGGUCACCACUCUUCAGAGCCGGCAGCACGUGUUCUCCGGUGGCGUAUCGCUUGGUGUCUCCGCGUCUUCUCGACAAGGAUCAGUCCCACGAAGCUUCCCGCAUGCGGUCACUGUAUAUGCUAUUGCGAAUGCCUCCUUGAAACGUUCCGACUGACUAGUAACGUUGACAUUGCGGGAACCACCUGUCUUCGUGGCCGUAAACGAUUUUGGCACCGUGUUGUGCGCGCCUACUGCUGCUCAUAAACGCUCGACCGCUUCUCGAAGUUUUGGUGUUCCUGAAAGAACGCUUGCUGGCACGAGAAGUAUAGCUUGCUGGUCAUUGCUGGAUGUGACACUGAAACUCACUAACGGUUCAUUUUAUUGAAGUGGUAAGCCUGACACUUUACUCGGACUUGGAAACAGAAGGCAACACCACCAUGCGCUCAAUGGGACAGUUUGUGUGUACUGCAUAAAACUGCUAAAAGAACGAAGAGUCACUCGUUUACAAACACGUGAAGCUUUGUUCAUAUAACUUUCAUACUAAGAGAAGUGCUUUGAACAAGAUUUUAUCUAAGUCUGCUCAGAUGUUACGUCUUUCCCCUAGGAUAUAAACGCCUCGGGAUGAACAAAACGUAGAAUAUUUUGGAGAACAACCAGAAGGUUAUUCGUUUUGCUUAUGAAGCAAAAGCGUUUACAGAAGUUUAUCGAGUGCGUCUUCAGAUUUAUUCGGCACCUGCUGUAAGACGCAUCUCUAGUUUACAAAUAACGUUAGAGGCCCAUUUCGACUUGUAGAGGAUUCCCGGUUUAUUUGAACUUUCUUUUGUUUCUCGCCUAGGCGCAGGAAUAGUAAUUGUGCAACCCUAGAACGCCCAGUGGUCUACUGCGACAAACUUGGAGAGAAUCAAGAGACUGCAACGCUGCCGCUGUUCUUUAAAACACGAACACGCGCCAGUGUCAGAAGCUUGCAGCAAGCGUGGCCGUCGAGUGAGGCGAUGCUGGUCAAUUUGGAGCAACCCAGUGAUGACUAAGCCCCGCGUCGACUCUCUCACAACGGCCUGCUUGCGGUGAAACAUUCCACCGAGUUCUAGAGAACGCGCACGAAUGAAACGGUGUGGACACGAUGCCUGACACCACGCGGCGGACAAUGACGGUCCAGCGGUGCUAUGGGGCGUCCUCCCGUCGUUGCCGGUGUGACGCGCCCCGGGAAAGUUGGCUUCUUGGCGCGCUCUGGAUUGCAGCCGCUUCGCACGCCGUCUACGGUGGCUCAUCAUCGGUGCACAGAAAACUCCCCAGCUUCGCCGAACCGAUCCCCAACGUGACGGUGGCAGCAGGACGAGAGGUGACCCUGACCUGCGUCGUCGACAACCUCGGGAGCUUCAAGGUGGCCUGGAUCCACACGGACCGGCACAUGCUGAUCUCGAUGCACGACAACCUGAUCACGACCAAUCCGCGGUACAACAUCGCGCACAACGGCCACCGCACGUGGCAGUUGCACGUGCGCGAGGUCGAGGAAGCGGACCGCGGCGAAUACAUGUGCCAGAUCAACACCAACCCGAUGAAGAAGAUGAUGGGCUACCUGCACGUCGUCGUUCCUCCGAGGAUCGACGACGAGAACACAAGCUCUGACGCGGAGGUGCGUGAAAACAGCGACGUGUCCUUAAGGUGCCGAGCUACGGGCACCCCCGAGCCGGUCAUCAAGUGGCGAAGAGAGGAUGACGCACUGAUACUGCUCUCCGGAAAGAAAGGAGUUCCCAGCUAUCAAGGCGAGUACCUGAACAUGAGCAAAGUGACGCGGCUGCACAUGGGGCCGUACCUGUGCAUCGCCUUCAACGGGGUGCAGCCAUCUGUCAGCAAGCGCAUACUCCUCAAGGUUGACUUCGCGCCCAUGAUCUGGCAGCCCAACCAGCUGGUCGGCGCGCCUCUGGGCGCCGACGUGACGCUCGAGUGCAACCUGGAGACGCACCCGCGUGGCAUGACCUUCUGGGAGCGGGACGACGGCACCAUGCUUAUCUCGAGCGCCAAGUACGACUCGCUGGUGCUCGAGACCGGGCCCUACCGCCUGCUGCUGCGCCUCACUAUACGUGACCUGAAGCCCGACGACUUCGGCACCUACAAGUGCGUCUCCAAGAACCCGUUGGGGGAGACGGAGGCAAACAUCAAGCUCCAAGAAAUACCCCGGCCGACGUCAUCGACCGUCGCCUCCUCCAGGGAGUUCCAAGUCAGGAAACACUGGGAGUCAACCUCAACUCAGCAAUCCAAUGGGCCCCGGCACCACUUGGGAACGCACGCUUCCAAUGCUCUGCUCAAAGAAGGGCGCAGAGGAGAGUACUCUACUGAAGAAGAAGGCACUCAGGGUUACCCUUCUCCCAACUUCAACCAGGACUACGAGAGAUCAGCAGACAAGGACAGUACGCGACCAUCGUCCGGUCACAACCUGGCUCCGCAGACUGGCAUCGCGUCUUCAGUCGUGGUCCUGGCCGCAGUUAGCGCUUUGCUGCUUCGCAUGUGCGGCGUCUGAUCACUGCUUCCUCCGAGGACCGCUGCAAUUGGGAACUACGCGUGUACUGCUUCCAGACCCUGCGCGCAGCCAACGUGGACAAAAAUGAAAAAAAAAGAAAGAAAGAAAUUGAAAGAUGAACACAUUGCUAAGAAUCGCAUCUUUCUGUUCGUCCCCGCCAUCUGCUUGGCCCGGGAAAAGAAAAGAACAGAAGGAAAAAAGAAUGUCACAAGCCAUCACCGUUAAACGUGCGACCUCUCACGAAAGAACUGAUGGACGCUUAGUGCAUGGUGACAAUGGUCCUUCGGUGCUUCUCAGAUCCCAACAGCCGUCGUGCGUCAUGGGAAGAUGCUUCGGGCCGAUCCGCAGUGGUUGUAAGAGUAACAGCUUCAGCGCCAAAACACCGAAGCAGACAACGAUGACGUCUGCUCGGGUAACCUGCGGGCACACCUGAGCCACCUACUCCCAACUUGUCCUCCUCCUCCUCUUCCUCCUCCUACCCCUACUUGCUCCCUGUUUCUGUCAAAAAAAAAAGAAAAAAAAGAAAAGGAAACGACGUGCCAACAGAUGCCAACUCAAAGGAGAAGAACCCAAGCAAGUUGUAGCUGAAUUGCUUGAUAAUGGUGAACGCUUAACAGAAUGUUGUCGCAGUUUAGCAAGUUGCAAAGUGUUUGAACUCGAGAGCUGCUGCUGUAUUAUUUUAGAGCGGUUGGAGUCAGAAACCAUCGGUGCCCAUGCACUUAUGAAAACAAAGUGUCAGAGUGAAACUACAGCGUUGCGAUCGCUGUGUAGAGAAGGUGACUUAGGCGAUAUGUUUGAUUCUCAUAUAUACAUUUAGAUGCUUUGGCGUCUUCAUAAUAUGGCAAUAUUAUAAAAUAUAGUAUAAACAUGACACAAAGGGGCCAGAAUUUGGUGCACUGAAAUCUGAUUGUUGGAGCCCGCACGUAAUAAUUUUCAAACCCUCCUGUUGGAAGCUGUCGAGAUGAGCUAAAAAAAAUCAAGGUUGAAAGAGUGACGUCUUUGCUGUUACCAUGCAUUAAAGUCACGUUGAUAAGUGGGAAGCAGCAGGUUCAUCAAGUUUGGACUUUAAACUUCCCUUUAUCAGCAUCUCCUGUCCGCUGAUCACAGUCCGCUUUAUAUCGAUAAAGUUCGACAGACGUAGGACCUAUGCUUUCUGGACAUACGGGUAACUAUCCAGAGUAAACGUCUCACAGCAGCAGCUCUCGAGUUUCGUGUGACCGUGUGUUUUACCAUUAAAGCGGGUAGGAAUGGGCUGCUUGCGCUCUCUAAGCACGUGCAGUCUUUGUCAAAAGUUCAGAAUCCGCUGCAUCCAUGGCCAGCCUCCUCGUAAACUCGCGUACGCAGGACCCUUGUGGAACUGUUCUCGUUUCAAAGGACGAGGGAUUCACGGAGGCUGUGUUCCUUGCUUUACUGAGCUUCGCACUGCGAGACGUGCUGCAGAAACCCUGCCCCAGGGUCCUGCAGCUGGUCUCCUUAGAUGCGGAGCGGCUCCAGAAAUUUUGACAAACGCUGUAUUUCCUCGGAAGGCUGUGACAGCAGCUUUGCUUUAACUGCUCUGAUGGGUUCGUGUUUUCUUUUGUGUAGUUUUAUAGAUGCCACAUGAGUUGAAUGCACUAUUUUGGUUACGACACAUCGUGCGAACGGUUUUUUGUGCGUGUGUGUGUGAUUCGAUGGAGGCGAGACUGCUGACGUUCUCGUCUUUAAUGGCGGUGGUACUUUUAAACGCACUAGUGAAGGGCCACGUAGCAUUUCUGUAGUACGGCGUACGUACAAUGCAUUUUAGCUUCAGCGAGCCUGGGCUUCUGCGUGCUGCAAAAUUACGCCAUUACAUGACUGAAUUACGUCAUUGCUAGCAGUUGUAGACAUCUACGUCCUCCGCUGCUAAUAAUAUACCGCAUACCGUACGAUCAACCUUUAAACGCGGUGUUAAAUAAUUGACUGCUCAGCGGGCUCUCUGAAGCUAAACGCAUUAACCUUGUAUAUGAUGCCGGGUUUGAGGCCACUACACUUGUAUUUUGUUGCAGAUAAAUAUUUUUUCUUUGUUAAAUUAUCAAAGUUAGCUCUUAUUACUGCUAGAGCUACUGCUUAGUUUUCGUUCACUCAGUGAGCCACGAGUAUAUUGCGUGCUUUUGUAUAUAUGUAUGUAGUGAAGUUGAUUUCUCUCUGUCUAUCGAGGUUUCAUAUGUUUUACUGCGAUAAAAUUUCCUCGUGACAAAUAUUGGCGCGUGGACAAUGCUGUCGGCGUCAUAAAACGGUACACUGACAUUAUGUAUACCGUGCCCUCUUUCCAUUACAAAGUCACUUUCUUGUGCUGUGUUGCUUUUCUUUGUUUCUGCUCACUCGACUUACUGACAAGCAGCGUCUCUGUAUUUACUGCUUGGGUGACAAAAACGAGCUUUCGAAGAAAUAAAGUUGUACAGUCCGUGGA